AACACUAAUUAGUUUCAACUGUAUACUUUGUAGUGUAAGUGCUCUACCAAAGAGUAUAAAGCGUAAACCUGUAGUGUUAUUUUUAAACUAGUCAUUAAAUAGUUUUUAAUGGUGUGAAACUAGGACAAUAGCGAAUAUUCGAACAUAUAUUUUGGUGUAAAACCAGGACAAUAGCGAGUAUACGAACACAGAAAAUGCUACCGGAGUAGGCGUUGUUUGACGCGUUAAUGAUGAUUGUGAUUUUAUGCCGAGUCAACAUAUGCAAGUGCUUUGCGCACGCGUACAGAUGCAUACCGCGAAGGAGCUAACGAACUCGACGUACCGCCUUUGUGCUGUCAGAACAGCGAGUGCCUUCCGGACGAUCUCGGACGACGCAGCGCUCGUCAUUCCAGGCCAAGUUCCCCUAUGUGAACUGGUGCGGGAGCCACAGAACCAAGACCGAGGUGAAGAGGAGUGCCAGGAUGCAGAGCGUCGACAACUGGCAGGCAGCCUGGGACAACUCCAGCAAGGUGGCUACCAUUGCGCUAGGCAAUACCUUGCGGUGAUACCGCGCAAUCACGGCCCCUACUCUUGUUGCUUGUACUUAUUUUAGUCUGCAUAUACGUGUUAGGUA